AGUAUAGUUAUCAUAGUACUGUACGUUCUACGAAAUGACGACAGAACUGUAUUUUAAAUCGUCACCAUAUUUCGUAUUGUAACAAUGCUGCCGCGGACACGUGGUUAAUUGUUUACCAAUGACAGGAUUGUCUGAAUCAGCAGAUUUUCCUGUUAAUCACAUCCCACUCGUGGUGCACACGAAUUCUGACCUAGAUGCGAAUCUUCUUACUACUCAAGAAAUAACGACAGAACUGUAUUUUGAACCGUCACAAUUUUCCGUAGUAUUGUAUUGAGAGAAUAUAUCCCGUCCGAUACAGGUACAACUUAGAGCGACUGAAUUCUACAACUCAUUAUUCCAUUCUCCAUUAAAACAAAUCUUGUCUUGACAACUCUUAAUCCCAAAAGUAAACCACAUUUAAGCUUCUUAGUUAUUAGACAGAUCCACUACUUUUAAGACGAACCACUUAUAUUUACAACUUUAUUCUACUCAGAGAAUAAGUUCAGUUCUCCAAUGCUUAGAAAGGAAAACUUUAUCUAAGCGGUGUAUAAUAGGCUAUUUGAUUAAGGAGAUGAAAAAUGUACGUCAUGGACAAUGAAAAACGCAUCAACAUAACGUGUACUCAAUUGUUAAUCAGGUAAUAAAAUUUGAUGAUUUUUAGACUCUUAUUUUUUAAGAUAGAUCAAACUCUGAGUAUUCUUUCAACAGGGAAUUACGAAAAUUGAUAUUUACAUAAUAUUGCCGAUAUUAAAAAGUUUAAAAACUAACUACUAUUCAAUUUAAGUAAAAAAAAAAAGAAACAUCUUCAUUUUUCAUCAUCACACGAUGAUGAUCAAUUGAUGAUCAAGAAAUAAAGAACUCCUAAUUGUAAAACAGCUAAACUCAUGUAUGUUUGACAUACAAUCCACAAUAUUUGCUAUACAAUGCAGUUUAAAACCCUAUAAAUAUUGUACUCUUCUAUCCUCAUGUCUGAGACGUUUUAAACCCCUAAUUUUGGACAAGACAGAUGUUAAAACAUAGAUAUAUUUUAUAUCUCGGUCACCUUAAUUUAUAAGUCGAUGAACAUAUUAAUGACAAUGUUAGAGAUUGUAUAUAUUUGAAGUUUCACAUAUUUAAAACUUGAUAUUAAGAUUAAUUGAAGAUCGGAUAAUUUCAAUCUUAAAGAUACUUAACUCCUAAUUUUGACCAAUCAUGCUGUUGAAAACAUUUUGUUUGAAAUAUCUCUUCUAAAGCGAUGUAAGUCAUAAGUCAUUAAAUACUAAAACGCGCAUGUCAUAGACUCUUUAAAAAUAAUACUGAAACAAAUGUGACCAUUCGUAUACCUAUAUUAUUUAUCAUAUACAUUGGCUACAGAAAAAAAAAUCGUAGAAUAAAGGCGUUUUGGAUUAUAAUUAUUCAUAAUUAAACUUUAAUAAUCUGUAUAUUUUUGAUCGUCAGAGACGAACGUACAUGUGACCGUUUAUGAUUGUCCGAAGACCAAUGAACCAAUUUUAAUGCAACUCUUUACUUUUAUAAACAAAAUGAGGAAAAGGCGUUAACAUGUGACGUCACCAUACGGCCCAUUGAUGUUGUGUAUUGAUUUGUGAAAAGGAAUCCCUAAUAAAAUCAAUUGAAUUAGACACAAAACAUGAUUUGAUUUUGAAAAUUGAUUUCAAAAAUCAAUUAUAAGCGUUGAUGUCAAUAUUUUUGAGCUUCAAAGAGAUAUGAAUACAAUUAUGUUUUCAAUGUAUUGUAAGAAUCCGCUACGCAGAUUUAUAAAGGGCGCGAAGAAGUAAAAAAAAACAAAAAAAACAACAAACAAACAAACAAAAACAUCAUUAUGAAAUUAAAAAAAAAAUACAUCAAUGCUUGAAAGAGUCUAAAGCGUUUCCACAUUUACGCCGAAAACUGGUGACAUCACAAUUUCUCUGUUACGCUGUUUACCAUUACCCUUCUUAAGCCUAAACAACCUGAAUUGUCUUUAUUAGGAUAAAGGUGAUUAAUUGGUCUGUUCUGAGCACACCUGAUCAGACGAAACGAUGAAUUUAUGACAUGUUUUACAACAUGUACUUCAAAUAGCUACUAAAGUAUAAACGACUGAGCGGAGAUUGACGUUUGUCUGAAUCAUACUUAGGGGCAAAGAAACCGAUUCCAUCUCAUCUGCCCCAAAGGACCAAGUGAACUAUUUUAAUCAAUCUUGGUCUGAAGCAUUCUAAGGUGAAGGAGAAUUUUAUAUAAAAUAUAAGUCAAGUAGCCGAUGUGCGUAGAGGAUAUGACACAAUAGGUGAAGUAAAGCAACCAUUGCUAUAGGAAUCAUUUCUUCUUCUGUAGGAACGAAAGGGGUUUGUUAAGCUUUCAUCUAAAGCAAACUUCGUUGACGGAAAACCGACUUUGUAUUAUGUGUGGGACUUGCCCCCCUAAGGGUCUAGUGAAAGAAGAGUGGUAUUUUUUUCAAAGCUCUUCUUCUAUAGGAAGUUGUUUAUAUUUGGUCUUAAGGAUCAUUGAGGUUUGCAUAAUUGGUGGAUCUCACCCCCUAGGGACUUGAGGGGCAGGUUCAAUAAGGGAAUUAUUGCAAAUUAUUUAAGCAUUUCUUCUUCGAUAUGAAAUUGUGCAUCUUUUGUCUGAAACAUCAUUGAAUUUUUUUAACGUUUUGUAUAACUGGUGGGUAUAUCCCUUAAGAGCCAGAAGGACGGGCUCAAUAAGGCAAGAAUAGCAAAUUCUUUUAUUGUUUAUUAAGUUUUUAUUAUUGCAGUAACUUGUUCAUAUUUGAUCUGAAGGUUCAUUGACUUUUGUAUAAUCGGUCGAUCUCAAUCCUAGGGGGCUAAGGAGCGGGUUCAAUAAAGAAAGAGUGGCAAAUUAUUGUGCAUAUUUGGUCUGAAGGAUAAUUGAAUUUGGUACAAUUAAAAUUUCGAAGGGAACAAAUUAUUUAUUCGAAAUUGCCAUAAUGCCUAAUACAUAGUUCACACCAACGGCGCUUUGAUGGCGCUUUAAAGCGGCGUGUAAAGCGGCACCAAAGCGUAACAAAGCUUGAUUAAAGCGUCAGGGUCGUAAUAGAUCGUGGGAAAGCUUGGAGUAAAGUUGGACAUUCGGCUAGAGCGCCAAAAAAUUUUAAACUGUCUAAAAAUUUUGCGCGCUCUGUCACGAAUCGAUUAAAGCGCCGAGAGCGUAUCAAAGCUUAACAAAGCAUAACAAAGCUCAGCAAAGCUUGACUCAAAGCGUAGGAAAGCUUGACAGAGCUUGGUUCAAAGCGGGGACCCCAGUCUUCACGGUCUGUCACCACUUGACACGCUUCGUUAAGAUUUCUCAAGAUUUGCUACGAUCUGGCAUGAAGAUCAGACACGCUUUGUUACGCUUUGUUACGUUUUCAUGAAGGACUCUCACGCUUUCCCACGAAUUGAGACGCUUUGACCAAGAAUUGACACGUUGUGUUAGGCUUUGUUACGCUUGGCAAGCUUCCUCACGCUCUUUCACGCUCUCCUACGAUACCCCCGCUCUGUCUCCAUCCCUAUAAAUAGCGCUGCGACUUGAGUACCACUCAUUGCAUUGUUUCCAAAGGAAGAAGAAGUAUCCUGAACCUGAAAAACUACUAAAAACACAAAGAUGGGACCAAAGAGAGGUAGAGGUGCAGCAAAGAAGAGCAAGAGAGGGACAGGCAGAGGCCAGGUUACUGAAAGGCCGAGGUCUCCAACACCACCGCCGGCAGAAUAUGAAGCCAUGCUGGUUUCAGAGCCAGAGCAGCUACAGCCUCACCCUGCAGGGGAUGAUCUCCCAACCAUCACACCAGUGCCAGCAGCAGCCGCCCGCAAAAAACGUACGAACAAACCCUACUACUAUGCAACACUAACAGAGGCGCAAAAAGAAGAGGUCAUUGACUGGCUUAAAGACAAUCCCUCCAUCUACUCAAAGAGGAUGACAGAUUAUAAAGACCCGCAGAACAAAGAGAAGCUAUGGGAGGACAAAGCUGCUGACAUGGGUGUUGAGGUGGCAGCCCUCAAAACUUUUUACAAGUCCAACCGUACCUAGAUGAGCCGCCUAAAGAGGACUCUUGG